CAGUGUUCCCUCAAUAAUUUAGGAAUGAGAAGGGUUCCUCGACUUUCUCUUCUAUAAAUUGCCUCCAUAUCAUCCCAAUCUUUUCCUCCCUAUCCUUUCUCAUUUGCUUUCCCCCCAUAUACCUCCCCCUUUUCUGUACUGUCUUUGCUUUUGUGUCUUAGCCUUUUUCUUAGCUACUUUCUCUGUGAAAGGAUUAAAAAAUGGCAAACAAUGAAGCAAAGUUCUCCGAAAACCAACCUUCGAAAACUCAAAAACUUUUCAUUGGAGGGCAAAUUUUCCUCAGAAUUGUAGCAAUUGUAGCCUCAGUAGCCUCAUCAUGGCUUAUGAUCACCAGCAAGCAAGUCAUUGAUAUUGGAGGAAUUGUACUCGACGCAAGAUAUAGCUACUCUCCAGAAUUCAAGUUUCUUGCCUUCACAAAUAUUGUUGUUGGUUGCUUCUCUCUACUGUCCUUACUAUUUCUUGUCCUUGUUGUUCGUCAAGGCUCCCAUCCAAACCACUAUUUCUUUUUGUUCCUUCAUGAUUUGGGAAUGAUGUCUUUGGUCGUUGGUGGAUGUGCUGCUGCCACUACAGUAGGUUUCCUGGGGAAGCAUGGGAACAGCCACACUGGAUGGAUGCAAAUCUGUGAUAACUUUGGCAAAUUCUGUAAUAGAGCAACAACUUCUGUGACAAUCUCGUACUUGAACUUGAUUUGCUUGUUGAUCCUUACCAUCACAUCUGCAAGCAAAUCAAGGAAAAUGGAAGCUUAGAAAUUGAAUGCAUGCCGUUGAUGAGUUGGCAGAAACAAAUUGUGUGCAAGGCAACUUAUGUAAUAGAGAAACAAUUUCUUUCACUUGGUGCUGUUCGUGAUUGGUUUGCUUGCCGAUGCUUACAAUCAUAUCUGCAAGAAAUUAAAUCUAGGCAAAUGCAGUUGAGUUGUCAUAAAUAAAGUGUGAAUAAAUCUGCUGCAAAAUUUCUAAUUAAUGAAUGCUUUAUUCCAUUAAAAG